GCGGCGUAAAAUUAAAGACAUACGACAAGGUUUAUAUACAAGGGAAUUUCCUUUCAGGAGAUAAAAUAGACAAGAAUACGAAGCAAGGAAAAUGGUUGACUGUAUAUCCAGCUAAAGGACGACUUGGUAACCAGAUGUUUCAAAUAGCCAGUGUGCUAGGCAUUGCAGAUAAAUUCAACUAUCGUCCUUUUAUCCCACUUACAAAUUUCGACAUUUAUCCGGUUUUUGAGAUGCCAAAUCCUACGAAAAUAACAAUAGAUUUGUCCGAAUCUUUGAAGUACCAGGAAUCGAAUAUAUCUACACAUGAAGAGUGUGAUGUCACGACAUAUUCUGACUUGUCAUUCUUGAAAGGUGAUAUGAACUGGACAUUGGACGGGUACUUACAAAGUUUUAAGUACUUUUGGAAGAUCCAAAACGUUUUGAGAAAAUUAUUUACAUUUAAGAGCGAUAUAAUGGCAGAAGCAAGACGAUUUAUUGAUGAAAGUGCUCCAUCGAAUACAGUUAAAAUUGGUAUACACGUAAGAAGAGGGGAUUUUCUAAGCGAUUAUCAUAUUAAUUUAGGGCGUAUUACACCAGAGGAAGAUUAUUAUAAGAAGGCGAUGGAGAUGUACAGCUUGAACUACAAGAAUGCUACAUUUUACGUGUUUUCAAAUGAUAUAAACUGGUGUCAAGGCCAUCUCCAACACAACGGUCACAAAGUUGUUUUCAGCCCAUACACACAGCCUGGAUACGACCUUGCUGCAAUGUCACUAUGUGAUCAUAUGAUAAUAUCUGUUGGAACAUUUGGCUGGUGGGGAGGCUGGCUCGCUGGAGGAUCAGUUAUUUAUUUUAAUGGAUAUCCGAAACCUGGGUCGGAAAUAAGCAAAUAUUUUGUUAAAGACGAUUUCUACCCGCCGUUUUGGAUUGGGAUAACUUGAAUGUGCAAUAAAUUUUGAAGAACUUUUGUAUGCCGGUCUAAAAGUUUACUGACAGUAGUUAGAAGUGCACAAGGCUGGUCUUUAAAAUGGUUCUUCGAAAGUGCAUAAAGACAAAUGGGUCAGAUGUACACUUGGUGAUAAUGAAGUUUUACCCACUUUUUAGAAAUAACUUUUGCCUUAUUUAGAAAUAUGUUUGAGUGACACAGUGUCCAAAAUACUCUAAUAUAAACAAUUAAUGGAAUUAUAUGAGUAAAUAUUUGUAGAUAAAUGUUCAAAUACAAAAUAAAGUUAAUGUGUUGUGGUAUGUUUUCUCACUUUUCCGCGAAAGAAACUGAAAUGGUUGAACAAGAACUGCGGACA